AUGUUUAAUAAUGAAUUAGUCAAGGAAUUAAUUGAUGGACGUUUCACUGCAGGUUUACCAUCAGCACGAGAGUUAGAUAAAUCAGAAGUGAUUACACCACUAACAUUAUUUAUUCUUCAAUUAAUUGGCGUUGGUAGAACUACUGGAUUUUUAACAGAUGAAACUACACCUAUUAAGGAACAAAAACACGAUUCAAAUCCACUCAAGUUGUCAACUACUGGUGGAGCAACAAAACUAAGUCUUUGGAUUGACAAUCUGUCUAUACUCAAGCAUAAGCGUUCAGCGAAUUUAAUAUUGGAUAAAUUACGUCAAUUAUUAGCUGAUCGUACACUGUUCUAUUCAAUAUGUCCUGGUAAUGAUGAAACUAACCACCUCUCUUGUAAGAAAAAAAUAUCAACAGGCAGUACCUCUGCGAAUAACUAUGAUGGUGCCGGUGAUGAUUAUGAUGAUGAUGGUAUCUUUCAAGAGGACGAAAUAAUCCUCGGUGAUGAUGAUGGUUAUGACCUAUCAGAUUUGACAAAUACUGAUGAGAUUGAUAAAUGUGAUCAAAUCUUAUCAAGGCUACUAAAAUCAAAGUGUAAUCUGAAUAAUAUUUCACGAUACUUAGAUAUGGGGCACUUUGAUUUUCCAAAGUGUAUGGUAUCAGAGACUGUGAUUCUUAUAAUGAAACAAGUAUAUGAGAUUUUAAAAAAUGCUGAAGCAUAUCUUGAACCAUUGAUAAAUGAAGUGAAUCAAUCAUUAACAUAUGAUGAUCCGAAGAUUUUAAAGUCAAUGAUUACAAAUAUUAUUGUAUUUAUUGAUUCAAUUAUCAAAUUAGUUCCUCGAAUUUUCAUGCUAUUCACUUCACUGAUACCGACUUUACACGCUGAUAUUUUUGAAGAGGAUCUUCGAUUUGCUGUUCUCUACCACAAUAACUGUAUGUAUUUAGCACAUGAGUGUUUAACGCUGAGCGAACGUGGUCUUUUCAAAUUUGUUGAACGUUUCCUAGAAUUAAACCAUGCAGUUGUGACAGAUACAAUUGAUAUCUCUAACAAUUUCAGUGUUUUAGAAAGAUCAGCUUCCAUGAGUACUUGUAUAUUGGUGCCACAUUUACGUCAGGCUGGCGUAAACAGUUUACUGUCUCAUUUAAGACGUGAACGACAGUUUUUACUACAAUGCACUGAAAGAAUACAAGGAUUUUGUGAUGUUAACUCAUCAGCUGGUUAUCAUCGAUGUACCAGUGCUAUUCGAGAUAUUUGUGUUCAUUUUCGUAAAAUUACAGAUGCACUCGAUCUACUACCCUAUACAAUUUAUAUUCGUGCAAUCGGUGUAUUGUGUAAUUGCGUUUGUGCAGAAUUGGUAAAGUCUGUACUUAAACUAAUUGAUAUCACAAAAUCGGAUUGUGAUAGUAUUCUCAUCUUGUUGGAGCCUAUUAGAAACGUUAUUAUCGAUCUGUUCCAAAACUAUAAUAAUGAACAGAAAGAUCAAUCAGUCGUUGAAGAGAAAGGUGAUCGAGUACAAAAACAGGAUUCUGAUACUGGGAGUUUAUUUCGUCGCUGUCCAGAGUUUCAACGCUUGCAAGGUGUAAUCAGUGUACUAUCAGCAUCAUCAAUGGCAGAAAUUCGUGAUAUAUUAUGGGAUAAUGGUAAAGGGCCCUUAUCUACUGAAGCUCACAUAACUGCUACUGAAUUACGCUGUCUAAUUAAAGCUUUGUAUAGCAGUUCUUCAGUACGUGAUCAGCUAUUACAGAAAUUACACUGA